AUGGCCGUCACCAAGGAGGAGCUGGAGUUUCUUGAAACAAGAAAGCUGCUUAAAGAACAAAUCCGAAAACGAAAUUGUCCUCAUCAUCUCUCGAAGCUUUCAAAUUCUGAUCAUCAUAAAACUAAAACUUACGGAUCAUUCUUUGGCCCUUCUCAACCGAGUAUCGCUCCGAGAGUUAUUCAAGAAAGCAAAAGCAAGCUACAAACCCAGAUUCCACAACAUAGAGCAGUAAGUGCCGAUAUCCUUCUUUCUGCAAUGGAUAAUCAGACCAAAGUCCAAAGGCUUCGACAGACAAGAGACUACUCUUUCCUGUUCUCUGACGACAAUAAUCUGACGCCACCAGUUUCUAGUGCCACUCCUACACAAGCAUCAGUGCCUUCAAUAAAGCACUAUGCAGAUGUGAAGCGGUUAAGAAAAUUCAAUGACCCUGAAUUGAAGCCGAAACAGCCAGCCCUGGCAUGUUCAUUGAAGCCUCUCACAAACAAGGCGGUAAUGGAGAAAAUCCCAUCACGUAUGUCCUUGCAAUAUCAGCCUCUCACAAACAAGGCGGUAAUGGAGAAAAUCCCAUCACGUAUGUCCUUGCAAUAUCAAUGUACCGAUAAAAGAAAGCCUAUCAUCAAAGCAGUUCAUCCAACAAAGCAGUUCGCGGGUAGCAACGAUAGCAAGGGACCACGAAGACCCAACGAUGCAACAUUGAAUCCCAAACAGCCAGUGAAGCCACAUGAGAUGAAAAACAAGCGAGUACGCGACAAUAUUUCAUCGCCGGCUGUCUCUAAUUUGCAAGAUCAUCGUCCCAAGAAAAGAAGACUUUCAGAUGAAGAAGAUGAAUGUGAAGGUGAAAAGGCUCUUCUCAUAAUCAGAAAAAUGUUCAACACCAAAAGGUUUGCUGGUCGUGACGAUAGAGAUAUAAAAAUGGAGGCAAGCUUUGGAGACAUAACGAAGGAAGAGAAAAGAAGUGAAAGGCUUGGCAGGAAAGAAGAUCGAGAGCAACUCCGCCUAUUAGAAGAAAACGCGAGGCGCCAGCGGAUGAGGAAGCAUAAUCAAGGAACAAAAUUUUUGAUAUAG